AUGCAUACUUCCCCAAGCGACAGAAAUAGCCCCUUAACUCCCUCCUCCUCCUCCCCUGCUUCCAUCUUGUGGUAUCUAGAUAUGCUUGUGCUGUCUUCCAGGUACCAAGAAAGUCUGCCUUGCAGGAGCUUCACCAAAUGUGGGAGCAGGAAGCACCUAGACUCUCUCAAUAGCCAGAACUGGUUUUUUGUGACAAGAGGACUGGACAACUUCAGAAAAGGCUACCCACGAGGCCUCAGUCUAAUCACUCGUGGCCUAGAGGAAGGAUUUCUCCCCCAACUUGCCCCCAAGAAAAGGCAGAAUUUGCAGCCCAAGGAGACCACAGCAUUGCCCAGGGUGCCAGCAAUCCAGCAAGAGCCCAAGUCCUUGUUUACUCACGUGGAAGCGCAGCUGAGACAGCACCUCUUGGCACUCUACGUCAAUGUGGAAGAAGAUAUGCCUGGAGAGCUCUUGUUAAAGGUGCUGGAAGUGUUGGAUCCAGAUAGGAAAUUGGAGGACUCAUGGGCAUCUUGUCAGGAUAUUAGCCAAAGAAGGAAGGAGCCCACAAAAGUUUCAAAACAAGAUUCUAUACUAAUCAAUCCUGAAAACACGGAGAAGACUUCAGUUUUCCAUUCAGGCCAAUGGCUUUAUAAAGAGAAGACAAAUGAAAUGGAUUUACUCCAGGAAGAUAGACCUCUGCUUCCUGAAAAAAUUCGCAAAGGAGUCAGUGACUUUUGCAACUGGGCCAAUACUUUUGGAGGUUUGAACAUCGAUGAAGAGUUCAUCCUAAAACAGUUUGAUGUUGACUAUCAGAAUGAAACAAGCUCUGAUGUAUGCCACAUGACAACACUGAAUCAGGUUCCUCUGAUGCUAAGGAAGAAUGUGGGGCUAAAUAAAAUGCAGAAGCCAAAGUUUUGUCAGAAACCAGACUCUGAGCCAAAAUCACAGAAUAUUUGUAAAUCAAAGUGGAUAAAGAUGAACUAUGGAGCAUGGUAUCUGAACACCAAAUUGUGGAGAAAGCAUAGAGCAGAUGAAUCUUUGAUUGACCUCAAGGUCUUACGAAAAGCUCAAGAUGAGAAUGUUAAGAAAGAACUUCAGAAAGAGGAGAAGUUGCUUGGAGACCUCCAUGGAACAGUUGCUUUUAAGGAGUUCAUUCAAAGCAGGGGCUUCAGGAUGCCAAAGUUCCUUGAGAAGGUAGAGAUCAGGAAGGGAAGCAAGAAGUGCAAUAAAACUCCAUUAAAAUAAUUCAAGCAUAGAAGAAUUAUGUGACGAU